AUGAUGAAGUUCAAGCCCAACCAGACGCGGACCUAUGACCGCGAGGGCUUCAAGAAGCGGGCGGCGUGCCUCUGCUUCCGGAGCGAGCAGGAGGACGAGGUGCUGUUGGUGAGCCCCAGUUGGUAUCCAGACCAGUGGAUUGUCCCAGGAGGAGGCAUGGAGCCUGAAGAAGAGCCUGAUAGCGCUGCGGUGAGGGAGGUUUAUGAAGAGGCUGGAGUAAAAGGAAAAUUGGGCAGACUCCUGGGAAUAUUUGAGCAGAACCAAGACCGAAAGCACAGAACAUACGUUUAUGUUCUUACUGUCACUGAAAUAUUAGAAGACUGGGAAGAUUCUGUUAAUAUAGGAAGGAAGAGAGAGUGGUUCAAAGUAGAAGAUGCCAUCAAAGUUCUCCAGUGCCAUAAGCCUGUACAUGCAGAGUAUCUGGAAAAACUAAAGCUGGGUUGUUCUCCCACCAAUGGAAAUUCUACAGUCCCGUCCCUUCCAGACAGUAACACCUUGUUUGUAACUGCUGCACAGACCUCUGGGCUGCCGUCUAGUGUAAGAUAG